AUGCUUCGAACGACCAGCAUCUGUUUGCUGGCAUUGGUGUGCUGUUUAGCAGUGACUAAACAAUGCAUCGCAUCCCCAACAUACCAGGACAGUCCCGUGUCGAACGUACCGCUCUACACCGAUGGAAUCUACUUCGAAGAGCUGAAAACGAUUAAAGUGCAGGUGAGCUCGUGGACAUUACGAGCUAACUACGAUAUCGCCCUGUUUAUCGAUGAGAUUACCACGGCAAACAACACCGUGGCGAAACUGCUGCAAGCUUGUGCGGAAAUGCAAGCGAAACGCAUCGGCAACUGCGACGGCAUCAACAACAUUCUCGCCCUAACAAAGGAGCUGAACGAUUUUAGCGUACUGCUGGCCAGUUUUUGUGAAGACACUAAAACAACAUCCAUCAGGGCAAAGCGUGGUAUUUUUCGGUCCUGGUUUGGACUUAUGGACGAUCAGGACAGGAGCGAUAUCAACAACAAGUUCGAUGCGGUGAAUCAUCAGCUCACGAUUGAGUCAUCCUCGCUCAAGAUGUUCUACAACACCACCAACGAAGCGUUGGCCGUACUGUCCGGAAACACGUUCCAGGUCAAUCCGAAACGGCCCAAUACGAUCGAUUUCACGCGCGAAGGACAGCUGCUGCUGAUGGACAUUUUGCUGAACAAGAUCAUUGCGAAGAAAAAUCUCUUCCUGCAGCUGCUACAGACUACCACGUCGAUGAGUUUGAGCGAUAGCAUUAUCACGCCAACGCAGCUACUGGCGGAGUUGCAGAAGGCACACCAAUUUCUGCCUGAAGAGUUUACCUUUCCGGUAGAGUUGAAGUUACGGGAAAUGCUUAAACUGUAUCCACUGUCGAAGGUGAUCGCAAACGUCGAUGGAUGCCAGGUGGUGGUGAAUAUAAUGAUACCGCUCUGCAAUCGUUUGGUGUACCGAACGCUCAAGGGAACGAGUGUACCGAUGCUGUCCGAUGGGAUUAUGAAGCUGUUCGUGCUUGAGCGCGAUAUUAUGGCGUUUAAUGCGACUUCUCACACCGGCAUGGUGAUGACGUACGGCGAGUACAAACAGCAGUGUACACAUCUGACCGAUUUUACGCUUUGCAACGUUCAUCACCUUAUGCGAAACCUUUCCACCACUGACGAUUGCAUCGUGGCAACGUAUUUUAAUGCCACCGAGCGUGAUUCGGACUGUCGGCUGUCCCGUGUACAGCUACGGAACCAGCUCUGGAUACAGUUGGCCGAUCCGAACGUUUGGAUUUACGUGAUGCCCAACUUUACCGUCAUUACCGUACAGUAUGCAGGCAAUCGUCAGCAAGCGCUUACGUUGCACGGUGUUGGGAUGCUGAAGCUGCUCCGUAUGUGUCACGUACGCUCGUUAGACGUAUUGCUACAGUACGUGCCACAGCUGGGCGGAUCGAAGAUCAGUGUCGCUUCGGAAGGGUUUAGUCUCCCCGCGAAGAUUACUCGCGAACAAUCGUUAAUCAUUUCUGGUAGCACAAACGAUAACAGCCGCAUCAUACCGGUGGGCAAAUCGACGGAAGCGGAACUGAGUGAAUCGUCCCAUGUGGCCGGGAUUUAUCGUGAACCGAGCCACAUUUCACCGUGGGUCAUCGUUGGAAUAGUUUUUGCCGCAUUUUUUGUACUUCUGGCCGCGAUGCAUGUGUUUUUGCGAGAGUUUGCGAUUAAACGGCGCUCGCCACGUGCUAAUCAGCAGGAACCGGAUGGGCUGGAUUCGUCGCAGCAGCAGUGGAUACCGUGCGAUAAUACGCAGCUUCCGUCGGGCAAUUCAUCCCUUCGAAGCUAA